UAAAAAUACACAUGUGGUUGACUCUUCGCAGCUACAGCAGAAAUCAGCUGCUGCUACAGAACUGAAACACAAACUUUAACGUUCACCUUUUUUGUACUCGACACGACCUAGCCAUGUCUUCCAGUUGUAGGAGACCGGAGCACAUGGCUCCGCCGGAGGUGUUCUACAAUGAAGACGAGGCAAAGAAGUACACUCAAAAUUCUCGCAUCAUUGAGAUCCAAAAUCAGAUGUCUGAGCGCGCUGUGGAGCUGCUGAGCCUUCCAGAGGACCAGACCUGCCUACUGCUAGACGUGGGGUGUGGGUCAGGUCUGAGUGGAGACUACCUGACUGAGGAGGGUCAUCAGUGGGUGGGUGUGGACAUCAGCUCAGCCAUGCUGGAUGUGGCAGUGGAGCGUGAGGUGGAGGGGGGUCUGGUGUUGGCUGAUAUGGGCCAGGGGCUCCCCUUCAGACCAGGAACAUUCGAUGGGUGCAUCAGUAUUUCUGCUCUGCAGUGGCUGUGUAAUGCUGACAAGAAGAGUCACAGUCCCCCUAAGAGACUCCACUGCUUCUUCAGUUCCCUCUACUCCUGUCUGACAAGAGGAGCUCGUGCAGUCUUCCAGAUCUACCCAGAAAACUCUGAACAGCUGGAGCUGAUUACAGGCCAGGCGAUGCGAGCAGGCUUCACAGGAGGAGUGGUGGUGGACUACCCAAACAGCACCAAGGCCAAGAAGUUUUUCCUGUGCCUGUUUGCUGGCGUUAGUGGAGUACUACCAAAGGGUUUGGGAUCGGAAACCGCUGAAAGAGGAGUGUCUUCUCAAGCUAAUUUCACAACACAGAGGGCGCGCUUCAAGAACAUGAAGGGGAAGAGUUUGAAGAAGAGUAAAGACUGGAUCAUGGAGAAGAAGGAGAGGAGGAGGAGACAGGGCAGGGAGGUGCGAGCUGACACCAAGUACACAGGACGUCACAGGAAACCUCGCUUCUGAACACACACACACACACACACACACAUACAUACACACACACAUACACACACGCGCACACCGAUGCAUCCCCUAUCCCCUAAUUAUUCAGGGGUGUGUCUGCUGUGGUUUCCCCAUAGUGUUUGGAGAUUGGACAGCCAUGUGGAUUUAUGGACUUCAUGCAGCCAUGGACCUCAAUAAAUAGACUUUUUACAUGUG